AGUUUAUGCUUUGUACUAUCUUAGCGUGAAUCAAAUAUAUACUAGUAAACUGUGGCGUGAAUUAGAUUUAUUAAUUUAUAUAUUUGUGUAUUGAGUUAGUUAGAGUUAGUUAUUAAAGUAUACUAAGAUGUCAAAAAUAGCAGAAAUACGAAUGCUGUUCGAGGCAAAAAUUAAAGACGGUAUACCGAACCCACCGGGAUCUUUCGAUCAAAGAGAUUUGGACCGAGUUAAAAGUGAUAAAUACUUGUACCGGGUACUGGAACAUUGCGAGAACAAUGUUCAGUUAGCCGUGGAGAUGCUCUUCAACCUGAUGCUGUGGCGGAAAACCAACGCCGUCAACGAAAUCACCGAAGAAAAUGUAAAUGCUGAAUAUUUACGCGACGGACUCUUUUUUCCGCGAGGACGCGAUAUCGAUAGCUGUAUCCUGUUCAUUAUGAAGUCAAAAAAAUUCGUCAAGGGCCAAAAAGAUAUGGACGCACUGAAAAAAGUUAUAAUCUACUGGUUCGAACGCUUAGAAAGGGAAGAGGAUGGCAAAAAGAUGACAUUAUUUUUUGAUAUGGAUGGUUGCGGCUUAAGUAAUAUGGACGUCGAUAUUAUUAUGUACAUGAUUACGUUAUUGAAGAACUAUUACCCAAACUUUGUGAACUAUAUUAUAGUUUUUGAACUUCCAUGGAUAUUGUCUGCGGGUUUUAAGAUAGUAAAAGGGAUUCUUCCAGCCCGAGCAGUAGAAAAAUUGCGGACCAUUAAUAAAGAUAAAUUAAAGGAUCUGGUCGCUCCAGAACAAGCUUUGGUAAGUUGGGGUGGUAAAGAUGACUAUGUAUUUAAAUUUAUUUCCGAAGGGCAGACUAAAAGCCAGGAAAGUAAAUUAGACACUGAUUAUUCUCCUGGUGAAAUGGUAAGCUUGAGUCCUUCUAAAGUACUCACAUUCAAAACUGAAAAAGAUGUAAUAAGUGCUCAUUUGACCAUCAAAAACAUGGAGGAUAGUAUAAUAUCUUUCAAAAUAAGAACAACUGCCCCAGAGAAGUAUAGUGUUAAACCGAGUUCUGGCAUCUUAACAAAUGGGUCCUCCCAAACCAUUCAUAUUAAUGUUAACUCUGGCUUUUUGAUUAAUUCUGUUGAGAAAGAUAGGUUUCUAGUUUUAUGCAUUCAGGUGCCAAAAGCGAAUUUAUCACAGAAAGAAUUGAGUGAGCUGUGGAAGAAUUCUGGUGGUAAAGCAGAUGAGUACAGAUUGAAGUGCGACUGCCAUGAAACAGAAAAAACAACUGUGACUAAAGAUGAGCCUGAUUUCCUGAAUGUUAAAUUAAGCAACCUACAAGAUAGUCACAGAAUAAUCAUGCAGAACAUCAAAGUGCUGAAGGUGUAUCAAAUAUCCACAAUGAUCCUAACAUUUGCGACUGCUCUUCUAGGAUAUUUUGUUUACACAAGCAGAAAUACACACUCAUGUGAUGCAUUAUAAUUUAAAGAUUAUGACCUUGUAGGCACUGGAGGUGAAAAAAAACUGUUGUGUCAAUUACUUAAUAUUCAAUCCUAACAGUUUGUUAUACCUUUUGACAGCAAAGUGCGAGGAUUACAUCACAUUCAAGGUUAUUUGUAAUUUGACAGAAGAUUUGGGGCCACUGAUGUGUUAUUAUUUCUACUAACACUACUAACUAAAUGUUCCACACUAUAUUAAUACCUCGAUUGUGAGAAAACCAGACAAUGCUAUUCAAUUGUUAUUGUGGCCCACCUGGGCCUCUUGGGAUUUGAAGUGUGAAGUAACAUUUUUUUAUGUUACUGACGUGAAUUUUUACUUUUGCCAAAAAUGGAUUAUGGAUGUGGUAUUUAAAAAAAGCCAUCAAUUAUUUCUAAAGUAUAUUAUGAUCAAAGAGAUAUAAUAAUUAUAUCUCUUUGAUCAUAAUAUUAUAUUUUAUUGUUUCAUAAUAAUUAUGUGGGUAAUUUGACAUACCAAUUUGAGCUAAGAGGCAAUGGGGGUGACUAUUUCCGAUAUUUUCAGUUUUCACCCUUCCUAUCAUAUUAUGAUUAAAAGUUAUACAUAAUAUUU